AAUAAAUUUCAGUUCAGCAUUAACAGCAGAGGAAUAUAUAUCAAUUGAUGAAAUGUCAACUGAAGAGGGAAUUCUUAGUUCUUUUGAGCAAAUUGAAGAGGAAGAUGCUAUACAACUAUUUCUAAUGUUUCAAAAUGAAGCUGUAAAGCUUUUAUAA